UCAAGUAGAGCGAAUUUAUCUUUCAAACUCGGUUCCUGUUUUGCUUGAAAAGAAGCACACGUUCUCAUUGAUGUGCUUUCCUCAUCCUUCAAUUGGUGCUGCUUACAAAUCCAAAACCCUCUUUCGACUUGUGUUUCCUUCUAAUUCAAGCACCUUUCACCAUUCAUUCAGGCUUAAUGGGGAGGAUCAAACCUCAAACUCUUAUACAGCAAAGCAAAAGGAAGAAGGCGCCUUCCCGCAUCAGUGCCACGUCUAUUGUAUUUUACUCAUUAAUUCUUUUCAUAUUUGCGUUUUUCCUGUUUGCUACAUACAGGCAUUGGUCCAACAGGACGAGAUUUCAACCAGAGAACCACAUAUCAGUCUCAGAGGAUGAAAAUACUUUUGUGGAAUCCAAGAAAUCUGAUUUACCUGGAUACGCUGUUUUAAAUACCUCUAAAGGUUCUAUAAUAAUAGAACUUUACAAGGAAAGUGCCCCUGAAGUUGUUGAUGAAUUCAUUGACUUAUGUCAAAAAGGGCACUUCAAGGGGAUGCUUUUUCACCAAGUAAUUAAGCACUAUGUGAUUCAGGCAAGUCAUAACCAAGGGCCAGGAGCUACUGAAGAUUGGAACCUGAGAGGAAAGAAAUAUACAAGUAUGAAACAUGAAGCGUUCAUGCUUGGAACUUCCAAGGGCAAAUACUUUAACAAAGGAUUUGAUCUUUUCAUCACAACUGCACCAAUACCAGAUCUAAAUGAGAAGCUUAUAGUGUUUGGGCGGGUCAUUAAGGGAGAGGAUGUUGUUCAGGAAAUUGAAGAAGUGGAUACAGAUGAACAUUACCAACCAAAAAUUUCUAUUGGGAUACUUGAUGUGGCUCUUAGGCAGAUGAUGUGAAGGCUCUCUGCCUGAAUCAAUAGCAUAAUGACUUCUCAUACUUCUUUGCUGAUAACCUGUUUUGGUACUCUGGUCAAAUCUUUUGUACAGGAAUACGAACCACAAUUCUCAAUCAAUACUCAUGCAGGCAUUAUGCAAUCUCCUUUUUUCCCCUUUCUGUCAUUUUGUUUGGUCUUCUUGUCAGGUGAUCAAUGGGGGAUAUAGGCAGGUCUGUUGCUGGUUUGGUGAUAUCACCUUUUCAAUUUUCUUGUAGCAUGAAUCUUCUUUUGUAACCUCAAAGGGGUACGAUGAAAUCACAAAAAUGGUUCCUUUAUUUAUUUAUUUAUUAUGCAGUUCAUGUAUCUUGUGUCUCAAUUGGUGGCCAUUUUAGGGGUGAGCCAGACUGAUUGGUUUUGUAAUCUAUUUUGAAA